AUAGCUUCAAAACAAAUCGUCAGAUUACUUCUACUACUACUUAUAUUUUCAUUUCCAUUUUAUUAGAAUGUUUUGAUUCCGAUGCUUCUUUCCAAAAUAUUUAGAUUCACCUUUAAAAAUACAAGUAACCAUUGGUAACUUAUUGGCUAGUAGAAAAUACUUAGUAAAUAGUUUCUCUGAUGAUUUGUAAAGUUGUCUUACAAAUUUGAGUUUAUGGAAAUAAAAUCUUUUCCUCUGAUCACAUUUAGAUUAUUAUUAAAGAGUUUACAAAAAGAAGAAAGCUGAGACCUUUUGGUGAAGACAGGAGGAGGUCUGGUCCUCUUCGUGUUGGUGAUAGAAUGAGUGAAAUCUGGAUCCAAUGUUUCUCAUGCUGUGUGACUGAUGAACCACCUCCAAAAAGACGACACAGAAUUGAUAGAUCUAUGAUUGGGAGCCCCACUAAUUUCAGACAUACAGCUCACGUUGGAUCUGGAGACAUGAAUGUUCAUCUUAAUUCAUUGCAACAUCAAAUGGCUUCUAAAGGAGGUUAUGAAUAUGCUAUUCCUGUAAAUGUUCAAAUACCUGUUGUUGAUGUCAAAAAUUGAGAUUAGAGAAAACUAAGGGGGAAAAAAAGAAAAGAAACUAUGUUGGACCACAUAGUGUGUUAAUUUCGCAAAUUGUUUCUUUCUUUUUUUUUGAAGUUAGUUUCAAAGACCUUUCCAAGCGUAUAUUGGAUUGUAUGCUGGUCUUCUAUUUUAUGGACAAAUUGCACCUUGAAAAUUUGUAUAGAAAAAAAAAUAAUGCACUGCGUUGAUCUGUUUCUUCUCUUCAGCAAUAAUGUCUUUCUUAGUCAAAGUUUGAAGCUUUUUUUUCUCCACAUGAGUUGAUGAUUGUAUUGUUUAAAAAUGAUUUAGUGAGAAAUUAUGUGUGAGUCUCUAAUUGUGUGUUGUGCAUUUUUUUAAAAAUAAGUUACUUAACUUUAUGGUUUAUUUUGUAUGAAUCUUCAUCUUUUUACAAGGCACUACAGCCUGUUGCAGGUCUAGGCCGUCCCAAAUAGUUUAUUUUGUAUGAAUAGUACUUAUAAAUUUUAACAUCUCGAGAUUCAAUGUUAAGCAUGUUAGAUAGCUCUAAAAUUACUUUUGUCGUCAUAAAAUAUAUGUCAUCUCAUAAGUAUGCUAUGAAAAAAGAAUAGCGAAACACUUUUUAAACUAAAAUCAGGAGGUGUAAAAUGAUCGUGCUUUUUUUUUUUUGAACAAUUACCAAAAUAGAAAUUUCUUUUAAAUAAAAUCAGUAAAAAAAAAAAUUAUGUGAAUUGGAAUAUUUUUUUUUAAAAUUUAAUUAUUGAAUAUACCUAUUUUUAAUGUUACUAAACCUUAAAUGAAUUUAUCUUUAAGAAGUGUGAAUUAUAGCAAGUUAUAUAAAUAUGUAUGGACUCACUUACAAUGUGUGUCAUUCAGCAGGUCAAAUCCAAAACAUAAAAUAUGCAAGAACUGAUUUUUCUGUUCUUUCAAUCACUACUUUCUUGAUUUAUUAGAAGCAUCCUCUCCCUUCUUCAUAGUUAAUAAAAAAAACACAUAAAUCUUGUGUUUAAGUUAUUAGUGCGAACACAAUAACAAAAAAGAUCAUGAGCAACAUAUGGUAAAUAUUAAAAAAAAAAAGAGAUUGAUUUUGCAGCAAAAGAUGAUUUUUAAAUGCUCAGAAAGCAUGCUUUUGAUCGAAUAUGCGAUGCUUUCUUGUAUUCAGUUCAUGAAAAAAAUUAUUUAAAACUAAAAUUUGGAACUGAAUGGCGAAUUCACCUUUAGCGAACCCAUCGUCUAUUCCUUUAGUUAAUUACACAAAUCUCUCACUAUAGCUAUAAUAAUUAGUUUUAUAAUAAACUGACACGAGCAAGACAAAUGGGUACUAUUCGGCUGCUCUUGUUUUUUGUUGUUCUGUAAUUCAAAAAAUAACUUACUGAAAUUAUUGAGUAUAUUUGACUUUUCAUAAUUUAAUCCAAUGUUAGUGUUUAUUUAAUCAUUAUGUUAUCCUUAUAGAAAUGUAUACAUAGAACUUCAUAUCUAGAACGAUGAAAGGGGUAAUUAUAAAGUAUCCCAACUUCAUUUUUUUUAAAAAUGUCAGCGCUCAUUUUAAUCAGAUAUUUUUGUUAAUUAAAUAAAAAAAAAUUACUGUGAAAUUUUAAUGAACGAGUCUCUAAUAUAUUUUUAUUAAAGGAAUUUUGAUUAUAUUGUAAGAUUUUGGAUACCUAAUUUAUCUCUACUCAAACAAUCUGGGAUGGGCCUCUUGAAAGUCUGACAGCUUAUGAGACUUUCAGGAGGAUCUAGGAUUUUAGAUUUCAUCUAGAUAUUCAGUCUUUCUAGUGUUAAAACAGGGAAAACUUGGAAUUUUCAGGGAAUUUUAUUUUUACUCCAAAAAUCAGGGAAUAGUCAGAGAAAGUUGCAAUUUUUUUACAAAAACUUGGAAUAUUCCUAUGUCAUACCUGGAAAAUAAUGAGUCUUAAAAUUGUGAGUUACAGUAAUCAGUUAUUAAGAUUCAAGUUAAAUAAUUCUAACAUUUGUUACAAUUAUUUGUUGUAAAAAUUUAACAUUUUAGUCAAACUGGCAUGCUCUUAUCCUCAUUUAAUAAUAUUUUUGACCCAAAUCUAAUAUUUCACAUUACAAAUAAAAGAAUCAAAGUUUUUCUGAUGAAAAUAUGGUCUCAUUUUUCAUUGAAAUUUGCCUGUUAUACCUGGAAAAAUCAUGGAAUUUUUUUUUUCUGAAAUUGAGUGGGAAAUAAUUAGUAAAUUCAUAACAUUAGAAACUUUUAAGUUCUAAUGACAUUUGACAUUUUCCUGUGUCGCAAUUCACAAGAGUAAUAUAAAUUCAAAUUUUUUUUGCUGUCAUGGAAAACAAUUCUUCUAUUAAUAUUGCAUGACCAGGUCAUUUAAUUAAGUCUCAAUAAUAGUUGUAGAAAACAGGCUUUGACUCAACAAAUAAGAGCACCUAAAGCACUUCAUUUAGAUCACUUUGAAAGAUGUAAAAUAAAAUGUCUCCAUAUAACAGGAAACUUUUAUUAAAUGUUUGUAAUAUUGCUAUAAUUUAAUUCUUUUUUCACAGCUUAGGGAUGAGAAUCGUUUAUUACUUAUUAAAUAAAUGUUAUAAUACAUUUAUAAUAUGGUAGUAAAAAUUGUGUGACAUGUAUUUAAUGUAGGAAAUGCAAACAAAUGUAUUAAAAUGGUAUUAUUAUAUAGCAAAUUUUCUAAUAUAUAAAGCUGUCUUUUUCAUUAUAUUGCUUAGAACAGGAGUCUGUCUAAAUUUUUUUAAGAGGUACCUAUUUUGUGAAAAUUUAGGCAUAAUUUGUGAAAAUUAAAAUCAACAAAAUUGUGGUAAAGUACGAAAAUAUUUUCAAAAAUUGUCACAACAAAUAAAAAUUAUUUAUGACUGGUAAAUUUCUAUAUAUUUUCCCCCUUAUAUUCAAAAAUAAGUUUGCUAUUGUAAAAUCAUAGGCUUAAAAUUGUACCCAAAUUUUAAAAUCCAUAAAAAUCACUGUCCAUAGUUAAAUUUCAACUUAAAUUUAAUGAAAACAUGCAUUUAAUAGUACUAGCACUAAAAGUUUUUUUCAUUAUGAGAACAUUUUCAACUAGGUGAUACAAAAAAAAGUUUCACAGAGAAAAAAAUGUUUCUGUUCGAAUAAAUUUACCAUAAUGUUUAAGAUAAUGUUCAAAUGUUUAGAAUAAUGUUCGAAUUUUGACUUCCUGUAAAGUUUAUAGAGGGCUUGUCAUUUCAUUUUAAAAAAUUGAGCGAAAAAAAAAACUUGCUUUGAUAUGGAGUAAGCGACUAGUUAGGCGUGCCACAUUGCACUAUCUGAUCAAACACGUGUUAUCUUUUCGUAAAAGUCCACUGGCACAAAAACCCUUUUCCAUAGAUUGCAACGAGAACGGGGUUCGCAUGAGAAGAAAAAAGUAUUUUGUGAAACUACCGUUAGAAUUUAGACCGUUAGUUUAAAAGUAUUUUGUGAAACUACCAUUUUUUCCUGAAGUUGAAUUUGUGAAGGUACCACGAAACAGUAAUAAAUUUACCCUGGGCAGACCCCUCUAAGAAAGAAUGCUAAAAGAUUCUCUCGUGGACACCAAAAUUGGCUAAAACUCUACGCACCUGGAAUUUACUUAAAAAUUUAUGAUUUCUCAUUUAGCCAAUUAUAAAGUCCAUUGUUCUCUUUUGAAGAAAAAACUCCAUCUCCUAAAAACUUUUAACUUUGUGUUCUUCCAGAAAAAUAAAAGGAAACAAAGUUAAAAUUAGAUAUAAUUUUUUUUUUAAUAAAAGAAAAUGUAAGCAUGCAUCAUUGUGCAUUGUACAGCUAAUAAGAAAUGAAAUAUUUGUAGAUGUGUUUAACUAAUAUGAAUCAUGAAGUAGUUAUUAAAAUCAGUGAUAUUUAAUGACCCAUGUUAAAAAGAAAAAAAAUUGCUUUUUGUUUGAUUUUUAAAAAUAAUGUGAUUUAACUGGUAUGUGAAAUCUGUUUUUGUGCAACUUUUAAAAAACUCUUUAUUUGCGCUUUCAUAUUUCAGUGAGAGUUGUUGCAAAUUAAUCAUAUUGGAAAAUAUUUUAUUGUUGGAAGGUUCAUUUUCAUGUUGGCAUUUUUUGUCUUUAAAAGUUAUAAAUGUGAGAAAAAAAAUCCUAUUAAUAAUUACUUUAUUUACAGAUUUUAUGAUGCACUGUAUAUCCCAGUGUAUAAAUCGAUCGAUUGUAUAAUUCAAGUCCCCGUUAUUUAAUAAUAAGAGAAAGUAAAGCAUGUUAGGUAUAUAAGUCGACUGCUGAAAAAAUAUAUGAAGAUUUCUAAAAUUAAAAAAAGAGAUACUAAGUCUACAAAUUUAUCCCAAAUUAAAAAUAUUUCACUCUAGAUAUAACAUAAAUUUACCCCUAAAUAAAGAUGCUAUGAGACAAUUGGUUAAAUUAGUAGCAUUAUGUAACUUUAAAAGUUUUUAUGUUUUAUUUUUUUGAAAAAAUAACCUUUACAUGUUAAGAAAAUAUGAUAAGAUAAAAUGUAUAUAAAACAUUAAAAAUAGUUUCUGAAAGGCGUAAAUUGAUAUAGAGUUAUUAUCUAUCUCAUUGUUUAUAAUACAUCGAUAUUUCAAGAUCAACGGAUGUCCAACUUUAUUACUGGUGUAUAAGUCAAUCUCCUGGUUUUUGUUAAAGUUUGGGGGUUUGGAAAGCCGAUUUAUACACCAGGAUAUACCCUUAGUGUUAGUUACGAUUUUUUAUUUCUUUUUAGUAUAUGUAAAAAGUACCUAUUAUAUCAAGCUAACUUUUUUCAACGUACUUUAUUUUUCAAUUAUUAAUUCAGCGUUGGAUUAUUUUAAUCUUUAUUUAUCAGUAAUUAUAAAUUAUGCUAGUUUAAAAAAUUUGUAUCCAUAUGAAUUGACAAAUGUAUGUUAGCGACAUAAGUUGUUUAUUCUUUAAUAAGAACACAUUUUUUAUUUCAUAAACUAUUUUUUAUUUCAAAAAUUUUGCAUGCUGUUCUUUCUAUCUCAACUACAGAAGUGUUUUAUGUGUGAAAUGUUUAGUUUGAAUGUUGUCUUUCUUGAGUGACUCUUACUUAAUUGUAAUUAUUAAUAACUUCAUUUAUUAUAUAAUUUCUUACUAAUGUGUGAUAUGAUUUUCAGUGCUUUGUAUUUAUUAAAAAUUUAUAUAUUUUCUUUUGCUUUGUAAUAUUUGAAAGAUUUCUUGUCUUUAUUUUUAUUUUAUUAUCAUUGCUUUAUAGUUAACUAUUUCUUUCCAAUUUGUUGCAUAAACUUUAUUGUACAUUAUCUUUUAUUCUUUGAUUGAUGAUGUAUAUAAGAUUUUUUCUCGUUUACUUUGCUUGUAAAUAUCUGUGUGAGACGAUCUUUUAUUAUUAGAUUAUUUAAAAAUGUGUAUUUGUGACUCUCUGUAUCAAAUUUAAAUUCACUUCACAAAUUUUUUAAACUUUAUACUGAAACCUUUCAUAAGUAUUUGAUGUAAAACUUUAUGUACAGGAAUGCCAACUACUGCAGACUUUUCUUUGGAUUUUUAUAGAUUUCAAUUCCAACCGCAGAAUAUUAAAGAACUUUUCUAUAGUUUUUCCAAAUUCUUAAAAAGUUCUCAAUUCAUAAAACUGUUUUUACGACUACAAAUUACUUGUUUUUUCCUAUUUAGUUUGUGAUUUUUUCUUAUCAGGGGUGAUUGUGAGUCCAACUCAAAAAUCCGGAAAUUUUCUUGUGUAAAAUCAUUAAAGACGCAUAAUGUCUUUUUAAAUUUAAAUCAUUGAUAUUUUCAAAACAUUGAAUUCUAAAUAAAUUAUAUACAGCAUAACUUAAAUGAAUAAUUAUGUAUAAGCUUAUUUUUAUCUCUAAUCACAUUUAUUAUUCUACCAGAAAAAAUAUUUACAAAUGAAGGAUACCAAGUAUAAAUUCUUCUACUUGGGCACUACAGCCUAUGACAGGUCAAGGCCGUCCCAAAAAGUUUUUGCCAUCUUGAUCUAUUCUGUGCCAUGGUCUAGUCCUAAUAUUUCUAAAUAAAAUAUGCAAGAAUUUUUAUACAUAAAUGUGAUCGAUGAUUUCUUGAAACUUCGGGACCUAAGAUUUCCGGAAUCUUCCGGAGUGCAAUUUGUGAAAAAUCCAGAUUUUUUCCGGAGCACAAUCACCCCUGUCUUAUAAACUUUAAAGCUCUUACAGGUUCUCAAAAUUCUUAUAGUAUAUUCGUGACAUUUUAAAGAAUAUUUUGAAGGCUUUUGUAAUUCAUAUUUCUUGACAAACUUACAGGAUCUUAAAAUGCUCUAAUUUUUGGCAUCUUGAAAAGUAAUUCUUAUCUGCUAUUAUAAAAUGUUUUUCUUUCGCAUGGUAUGAAUUUUGCUUUCUUAAACUAAGGUAAAAAUUUAAAUUUUAGAAUUUUAUAUAUGCUUGCUCCAAGAAAAUUUUUUAGUUUGUGACGGUAUUUCCAAAAAUCAAGAAUUGAAAUUAAGUUAUGUUUUUGACUCAUGGAGGCAUAUCUUAUUUUUUUAGUGCAAGAAUGAACUUACAUGUUCAGCAUUUUUUAUUUGCUUUUACAGACUCUGGUUGUUAGUUUUUUUUUGCUAUAUAUUAUGUUAAGUCUAAAAAGUAACUUACAUAUCAGAAGAGUAAUGGAAUUAAAAAAAAUAAAAUAUAAAUUCAAUCUUAAAAUGUUAGAUAGGAGCGAUGCUGAAUACUUUAGAAACUUUAUUUAACUAGUAUUGUAAACAAACUUUUUUUUUUCAAAAUAAAUUUUUCCUUAAAAAAAAAAAAGAUAAACAUGCUUUUAGUUUAUUUAGGCUGUAGAUGUAUGCCUGUAUAAUUUCAAAAGUUUUCUUUCUGCAGGAAAAGGAGUUACAAAGAGUCACUCUUAAUUCAUCCUCAUAAAUAUUUUGAAACUUUUUUUAUGGUUUGGAAAAAGUGUAAUCCAAGGAACAGAAAAGAUAUGUUGGCAUCCUUGAUUUAUAUUCAACUUUACUUGAUUGUUUUUAAACGCAUUUGUAAACUUUCUACGUGGAAUCUCAGUAAAAAUAUAAAUAAUAAAAGUACUUAUGUUAA